CAAUGGACCCGCUUAACCAAACACUAACCAUGGACCCGCUUAACCAAACACUAACCAUGGACCCGCCAACCCAAACACUAACCAUGGACCCGCCAACCCAAACACUAACCAUGAACCCGCCAACCCAAACACUAUCCAUGGACCCUCUAACCCAAACACUAACCAUGGACCCUCUAACCCAAACACUAACCAUGGACCCUCUAACCCAAACACUAACCAUGGACCCUCUAACCCAAACACUAACCAUGGACCCUCUAACCCAAACACUAACCAUGGAUCCUCUAACCCAAACACUAACCAUGGACCCGCUUAACCAAACACUAACCAUGGACCCCCCAACCCAAACACUAACCAUGGACCCCCCAACCCAAACGCUAACCACGGACCCCCCAACCCAAACGCUAACCACGGACCCCCCAACCCAAACGCUAACCACGGACCCCCCAACCCAAACGCUAACCACGGACCUGCUAACCAUUGAAGCACUAAUUCGAACACUAACCAUGGACCCUCUGACUCAAAUAUUAACUAUGGACUCACUCACCAUAUACCCGCUAACCCAAACACUAACCAUGGACCCUCUGACUCAAACUCUAACUAUGGACUUACCAUAUACCCGCUAACCCGAACACUAACCAUAGACAUCGCUAACUCGAUCACUAACCAUGGAAGCACUAAUUGGAACACUAACUAUGGACGCGCUAAACCAAUCAUGUCCAACAAUGGACACUACAUGUGGAUUGUGCUAUUUAUAACGCUAACUCUGGGUCCUACUAAGCCAGGAAUUUAGAAAUCUCUGACAGAAAAUCCUGAAUUCUGCUAAAUGUAACCAUGGAUGCAAGAAAGCAGCAAAUGCAGUCCUCUGAUAGACACCUGGAAGCACCAGCACACAAACCUUAAUCCCAGGAUAUCUUGACCCUUGCAGCUAACCCUGGACCCUAAAAAUUGUUAACCAAAAACCUUACCAUGUACCACUAUGAAACACUGUCUGCUACAGCAGGGAGCAACUCCCCUAAACCUGCUUCCCUAAUGCCCACAAUGAACUGUUCCCUCUAAUACACACACACAUAACCCUGGUCCCCACAAUGAACUGCUCCCCUAAUACCCACACACAUAACCCUGGUCCCCACAAUUAACUACUCCAACUACUACUUAC